UGAUGCAUUGGGUUUAAAACCAGAGAGGAUGGAGGCAUGAAGGGGAUGUUUGGCUGGCCUGUGUGUGUGUGUGUGUCGUUUGGAGUGGUCCUGACGUCACCCGAGGCUGGCUGACUGCUCCACGGGCUGUGCAGUGGACACGAGAGAUCUCAUAGUCCCUUACAUCCCACCGCCGCUCGCGCUGUCGUUUCCCUUGCACCAUGUGAGUCCGUUUCGGUGGGAUGACACCGGAAAACCGGUGGAGCGCGAACGAGAGCUCGCCAUGCAGUGGUGCCGAGACCGAACACACUCCGUUCCUGGUGUUCAACUGCGCCCUCCUCAGCCUGUCCUUCCUACUCGGCGUGUCCGGGAACCUGCUCGUGUGCUGGGUGGUGUUCCGGAACAAAACUCUGCGCACCGCCAACAACGCGCUGCUGGUGAACCUGGCCGCGAGCGACCUGAUCAAAUGCUCCGUGGACACGCCGGUGUUCCUCGCGUCGCUGCUUUGGGCGCUGAGGCGCGCGGAGGUGGGCGCGCGCCUCUGCUGCCUGCUGCAGUUCACGUACUCGCUGUGCAGCUGCGUGCAGCUCCUGAGCCUCGUGGGCAUCAGCGUGGAGAGAUUCCGCGCGAUAGCCUUCCCGUUCAAGGCGGAGACGCGCCGAAGCCGAGUGCGCCUGUGGGUCGUCUUCAUUUGGGCCCUGGGCCUCGUGUUUGCCGUACUCUCGCUAACUCUGAGUAAAGACGCGCUCUUUUACAUGAUGUGCACUCACGUGCGCCUGCACGGCAUCUCCGACCCUGGCGCGGACCCCUUUGGCGUGUUCGUAUUGGUGCCGGUUUGGGGAUGCUGUCUGAUUCUAAUAGCCGUUCAUUAUUUGCGCAUUUUUAUCGUUGUCAGGCAGCACUCAAAUAAAAUAUUUGACAGAGGAAUCCAGUUGAAACACUCCAUGUCGAGACAGGUCUCCGGCUGGCAAAGCUUCUCACAGCCCGCGCAACACACGAGCGGCACUCUAUCCACCCCCUGCGCGCGGGACUCCACGGUGGAGCCGCUGCCAGAGGUGGGAAAAGCCCCCGUGCCCUCUCCGGAGAUCGUGGGCGCGGUGUGUAUUCUGACCCCGACGGCGAAGGCGCUCGGGCAGAAGCGUCUGGAGGGGAAGCUGGCCAAGCGCUUCGGCUACAUCAUCAUCGCGGUGCUGCUCUUCUGGCUGCCGCUGGUGCUGUGCCUCCUCCUCAGCUUCAACACGGAGACUCGGGCCGAGGACUGGAUGCUGCGGGAGUUGAAGACCUCUGCGAUGGUGCUGACGUGCGUCCCGGCAGCCAUCCACCCGCUCAUUUACUCCAUGCUCAACCGGCAGUUCCGCGCCGAAUUCCACCGGACUCUCUCCGUCCUGCGGAACUGCGCCAGGCGGCUGGGAUGAGCUGUGCUCUCGGUCCUACCCUCUGUGUGUGUCCUGUCUGUCUCAGGAAGCGACACUCUUCCCUGGCAGCGUCUGUCUCUGUCUCAGGACGCGACACUCUUCCCUGUCACAAGCCCGGGUGCAGUCUGGGGACUGGGGACAGUGGAGCGAUUCUGUCGCGCUAAUAUAUGGCUUCUGCGAAAGGCAGCGAUACUUGCGAAUCGGCGACUACUUUGACUACCUGUGGAUUUCCAGCACACAUAACACAUAUCAAACACGUUCGAAAUGUACGACUGCUAAAGGUGGACAGAGACUAAUCGAGUGAACGUGUCCUGACAAAUGCAAAAAAUACAAUCACACGUGAACUGAACCAGUGACUUUAUUCUUAUUGAAUAUUCAUAGCAAAUGAUGUUAUAGCAAUAUGAGUGCACUGUAUUCUUAUCUGUGUGACCUACCUAUCCAGUCCAACGCUAAAAGGUGUUUUAACAUCAAUAUUAUGAGCCACAGGUAGGCGACCUGAGACGCCGAGACAGAUCAGUCGAGAUCAGCCGUCUCUGGGUUGUCUUAGCAAACACAGUGCAAAUGUUUUUUAUGUGAAAAAAGUGAAUUAUCUUUGUCCAUGUCUUUUGGAUGUUACCACUGGUUAUUUCCCAGUCUCGCUUUAAUGUUAAACAAAACUUCUUCACUUAUAAAGGCAGUUUCCUCUAACUGUUUCUAAUUAUUUCUAGUCAGUCAAACAUGACCGAACCCUUUAAUUCUGCAGUUACAUAUUUUGGCCACUAGAGGUCACCCCUCUGUCUGUGAUGACGCUAGGGAUAGUGGCUCAAGGACUUACCAACUCCUCAGGUUGGUGCAGAUGCACCGCGGGAGAGAUGGAGUGGCAGCCUACACCACCCUAUCAGAAACUACCUCUGGAGCAGGUGUGGGCGGGGUUCAGGUGCUUGACGAUGUGUGUAUAUAACUGAUGAGACCUGUUUGUUCACAUAUUCGACAAACUUCAAUAAAACACUCCAACCUCAAAAAGA